AUCGCGGGCUCAAGCCGGUAAAAGCUGAUGCAAGUUUGAGUAAAAAAGAAAAACACUGUUUAUAUUCUAUUGAAUGCAUGCUGUUUACAGAAGGAACUUGAUCAAUCGUUCUUUUUAUUGCUUGAAAACAAGGAUAUUUUCGAAAAGAAUUAUGGCAACAAGUACAGAGGAUGGAAAUGGCGGGACUUUGGAGGAGAAUUUUGAACAGGUCGUCACAAUGGAAACCGUAGUGGCUGCAGAUAACAAGGGGAUCGACUACAAUAAAUUAAUCAGACAGUUUGGUUGUUCAGCUUUAAGUCAGUCUCAUCUUGACAGAAUAGAAAAGCUGACUGGAAAACCACCUCAUCAUCUCUUAAAAAGAGGGGUUUUCUUUUCUCACAGAGACCUAGAUGCCAUGCUGGACAUGUAUGAAAAAGGUCAACCAUUUUACCUUUACACAGGCAGAGGACCAUCUUCCGAGUCCAUGCAUUUGGGCCAUCUUAUUCCUUUUAUUUUCACAAAAUAUCUACAAGAAGCCUUCAAUGUUCCUCUUGUUAUACAGCUGACAGAUGAUGAAAAGUUCUUUUUAAAAAAGCACUUGGAUAUAGAUGAAACAUACAGACUGGCUUAUGAAAAUGCUAAGGAUAUCAUUGCUUUAGGCUUUGAUCCAAAGAAGACUUUUAUCUUUUCUGAUAUUGAUUACAUUGGGAGCAGCUCUGAUUUCUACAGAAACAUCUUACGAAUCCAACGAUGUAUCACUUUUAAUCAAGUCAGAGCAACAUUUGGAUUUGUUGAAACUGAUAGCAUAGGUAAAAUUGCCUUCCCCGCCGUACAAGCUGCACCAGCAUUUUGUAAUUCAUUUCCUGAAACAUUUGGAAGAAGAAAAGACGUUCCUUGCUUGAUUCCCUGUGCUAUUGACCAGGAUCCUUAUUUUAGGCUUACAAGAGAUGUAGCUCCAAGGGUUGGUUGUCACAAGCCAUCUUUGAUUUUCUCCACUUUCUUUCCUGCUCUUCAAGGAGCCAAGACAAAGAUGAGUGCCAGUGAUCCCAAUUCAUCAAUUUUCCUUACAGACACACCAAAUCAGAUUAAAAAGAAGAUCAACAAAUAUGCCUUCUCUGGUGGAAGAGACACAGUAGAAGAACACAGAGAGCUUGGUGGGGAUCUGGAGGUUGAUAUUCCAUACAAAUACUUGACAUUUUUCUUAGAAGAUGAUGAAAAGUUGGCACAAAUAAGAGAAGACUACUCAACAGGUAAAAUGUUAUCUGGAGAAAUCAAGAAAGAACUUAUCCAAGUUUUGCAGCCAAUUGUGGCUGCUCAGCAGGAGAGRAGAAAACAUGUGACAAUGGAYGUUGUAAAAGAAUUUAUGAAACCAAGAAAACUWGAAUUUCCUGGUCUUAAGGAAGCUAAAUAAAUCGUUGUAAUAAUCACAAAAUAAUUAAAGAAAUGAAAAAUAAAGUACAGAAAGUAUAA